UUCGUUUCUCUGUAACUAAAGCGCCACAUCACCGCCUCCCUGCAGCUCGACAAGUCGCUUUGCUGAACGAAUCCGUGUCAAUGAUGACUUCGCCCAUUACUACAUUUGUCAUCAAGACCCUGUGCGACCACCAGGGAAGUUUGGACUCGAAGCAGCUGAACGAGCAGAUCGCGAGGAGUUUCCCUGACGUGUCCCAGCCGGUCCUGCGGAGCGUCCUGUUCGACGACGGGAAAAUAUGCAUCAGAUCAGGCAGAGGGAAGGCGGCCGGCGGCCAGAUGAUCAGUCCGGACAGUCUGCUGGUGGCUAAGACCAGUCUGCGCCUCUGUCAGAAGAAACCCGGAGAGUGUCCGCAGUGCGAAUGCCUCCACCUGUGCAGGUAUUAUGUCUGCGGAGACUGCACGUUUGGAUCCAAGUGUAUAAAAAACCACAGUCUGGCUACUCCUUACAAUGCAGACAUUUUAAAGAGAUUCGGUCUUCAAGACUUUACGGAAAAACAGCUGUUCCAGCUGUUGCUGCAGAAUGAUCCCUUUCUGCUUCCUGAGAUAUGCCCACAUUACAACAAAGGCAACGGUGAGCAUGGCACCUGCAAGUUCAGCACCUCCUGCACCAAGCUUCACGUCUGCCAGCACUUCAUCCAGGGGGACUGUAAGUUCAGCUCCUCGUGUAAGAGAAUCCAUAACAUUGAUGCAAAAGGAAUGAAGAUUUUGAGCCGCUUGAGUCAGGAGACUAUUAACAACCUACAUGAGAUCUACAGAAAUAAAUGCAUCAUCAUGGGUCAGUCUGCUGCUCCUGUCCCAGCGCCGCCAGGGGUGAGUACGCCCCCUCAGUUGCCUUCCGACAGCGUCUCUGGAUCCCCCGCAGGUUCUGCUUGUCAAUCUAAACCCACGACUGAUACUGACAGGAAUGAAAUCUGCCUCUUCUUCAUUCGCAGACACUGCAGCUUUAAAGAGAAGUGUGUUCGUGUCCAUUGGCACUUGCCUUACAAAUGGCAGGUUUUAGACAGCGAUGGCGUGACCUGGAAGGAUUUGCCUGAUAUGGAGGACAUCGAGAAAGCGUACUGUGACCCUGGAAAUGAUGCAAGCUGCACGUCUCCAGAAGUGCCCAGCUCAGGGAUUUUCAAUUUCUAUGUAUUGCGAAGCUCUCUGCCAGCCGUUGUGAAGGGAGUUGACUUUGUGGGGAUGAAAUAUGGAGGGUCUCCAGUUCGUCGACUGUCCACUGCCUCCUCUGUGUCAAAGCCCCCUCACUUCAUUCUCACGACACAGUGGCUUUGGUCCUGGAAGGAUGAACAGGGGAUAUGGCUGGAGUACGGACAGGGUGACCAACAAGCUUCCGUCACUUCGGAAACUCUGGAGAACUUGUACCUGGCAGAGGGAGACACAGAGAUCCCUUUUGGUGCUGGCAAACAGAAGUAUGUUCUCCACUUCAAAGCUGAGCCGGGGAAGCCGCCGAUGUAUCAAGAGAACUUAAAAUACAAAACUAAGAGAGAGGUCAGACGGAGGCCUGGCUUCGUGUCUGCCCAAGACGUGAAGGUGAAGCUGGAGAGAGCUUCAUCACACAGCUCCAGCUCCAGCUCCUCCAUGGCUGAAAGUGUCCCAUCCUACUGGGACAUCAAAGCCCUGCCCGAUUUUGGAUUCAAGCACAUACUUCUCACCAACUCUGCAAAGGACUAUACUAUGAUUGAGAAGUUAUUUAGGGUCACUAUGCCUCUGAGUAAAAUUAACAGCAUCAACAGGAUCCAGAACCCUUCACUGUGGAAAGUCUUUCAAUGGCAGAAAGAGCAGAUGACAGCGAGAAAUGGAGGGAAAGCUGUGAAUCAGCAGUAUUUGUUCCAUGGCACUGAUGCUUCCCUGAUUCAGGCCAUCUCUGAGCAAAACUUUGACUGGAGGAUGUGUGGUGUCCAUGGUGUGGCCUACGGCAAAGGGAGCUACUUUGCCAGAGAUGCAUCCUACUCAGACAAGUAUGCCCGCGCCAAAAGCAGCCAGAACAAGAUCAUGUUUGUGGCUCUGGUCCUGGUGGGGGAGUACAGCCAGGGAUCGAGCAGCUUCGUCCGGCCACCACCAAAAGGAAACGUCAAAACCUUCUAUGACAGCUGUGUUGACAACGUGAGCAAACCCAGCAUCUACGUUGUCUUUGAAAAACAGCAGAUUUAUCCGGAGUAUGUUAUUGACUACUCAUAAACCUUAAUGCUGUUGUUUCCCACACUGGAAAAUAGUGAGCAAUAGCAAUAGCAGCUAGUGGCUUUGUUGGUGGUGGAAGUAGUUAAGGUUAGCCCUGACUCCUGAAUUCAGAAAUUCCCUUAAGUAAAGGUAUGUUUGGUUUGAUAUAUAAACCUAUACACUCAUAUUUUUUAUAUUUACCUCUGAAAUGAAGAAGAGCAGAAGUGAUGAAGAACUGAUGAUAUACAUGUAUUCAUAGUUAGACAGAAUGUAUACAAACAUAUGGCUUUAGUUGCUACAGUUAACAUUUAUGGUUGGGGGUGUCUAUUAUUUUGUGGUUAGUUUGGUUAGUACAUCUUCCAGAGGUUAGAGUUCAAGUCAAGAUAUGGAAUGAAAUUCACUGAUGGUUAUAGUUAUGCAAUAAACACAUUGUAAAAAGGCA